UGGUGGUUGUUGUGUCACCUUAACAGCUCCUCCAAUCAGAGUCAAGGAAUGGGACGACUCGACUUGACAGAGUUCCAGGCAUUGUGGGAAAAACUCCGGAAGUGGACUGGUAUUUUUAUGACAUUUGACAAAAACAAGAACCAGGCACUGGAUUAUCUAGAAAUCCCAGCAGCUCUGACAGCAGCAGGCAUACGGGUGGAUGAAUUCAUACUGCAGCUGAUAGGCCUGCGUUACACGGAGCCAGAUAUGACUGUCAGCUUCCCAGGAUUCCUCUUCCUGCUCAUGAAACUGGACUGCAUGAUGCGCAAGUUUCAGUCAUUUGAUAUGACGGGGAUGGGAGUGAUUUCAGUAAACAGCAGACAGUUCCUGCACAUGACCAUGUACAACUGAUUCCAGACCAGCUCCAGGGAAACAGCUCUACAUCUGCUUUAAUUAUUUUCUAUAAACGGAUCGUUCCAGUACUGAAUGCUGAUUACUUUUUAUUAGUAACCAUAAUAAAAAAUGAAAUAAUUGAUUA